ACAAUCGUCAGAGAAAGGUCGAUGAUGCGGCAUGUCAGAGUGAGUCGAGUGUGCACAUCAGCUGUGUGGUUGUAACAUGAGUUGUAAUCAUGCUGGCUCUCAGAAAAUUGAUAUAAUACCAACUGUGAGAUCGGAUACAAGUUUUGGACAUUUGGUCUAGACGUGAUGAAUGACCAAAUCCUUCAGUGCUGCAUUCCUCAAUAACCUACAGCAUUCAAUCCGUCAUGGGGCGCGACAGUAAAAACAACAAAAAGAAGAGAGAUCUUUCACAAGAUCCUGAAGAGUCCGAGAAGAGACGCAAGACAGAGUCGCCUACCCACUCUCUGAAAAUCAAGGGUCCACCACGUGUUACUCGCUGUUUUGAACGUCUCCAUGAACCCAUUUCCCUAUCAGACCUGUCAUCUUUACUCCAGUAUGCGGCUUUUGGGAAAAGCGUCACCACUCAACCAAGCUGGAGUCAUCUGCACCACCAGCAGAAGCUGUCUGGUGUCAAUGUCACCGUACUGGAGGAUGUGACUCUGGCCCACUUCUAUAGAUUUUACCCCCAAUUCAAAAACCUCCGGCGGAGGUACAAGACAAGAUGUACACUCGUGGCCUGCGACGGGGACGUGUCCACUCUCCUUCUCAACUCCAAGUUGUCAUCAAGGACUGCAGCUGCCCCCUCUGGCCCUGAGCCCUCAGGCACACCUCUGCCUUCUUCAACUCCUCUCCCUAAGACUCCAACACGCCUCAAGGACAAUGAUCUUCGGUGGCACCCUGUGAUUAGCAAGUUCGGUUGCGAGACCCGUGGACUAUCAGCUUACGUGCUUACGAGAGAUGAAAUGUCAAGGAAAAACUUCCCCCUCCUAGGUGCCCCUGGCUGUAAAUCAUUUGUCUGCACUGAGAAGAAUGGUCCCGUGACUGACAAUAGCCCACUCUAUGGGAUUGACUGUGAGAUGUGCUACACGAGGGCUGGGCUUGAGGUGACGCGUGUGUCCUUGGUGGACGGACAGGGCCAGUGCAUGAUGGACGAACUCGUCAAGCCAGAUAUCCCCAUCCUCAACUACAUGACCAGGUUCUCAGGGAUCACCAAACAUAUGCUUCAGCCCAUCACCACACGCCUAUGCGACGUCCAAUCAAAACUGAUCCAACUGUUACCGCAGGAUGCAGUCCUGGUUGGCCACUCCCUUGAUUGUGACCUCAGAGUCCUUCAGUUGAUCCACCCAAACGUGAUUGACACAUCCCUCCUCUACCGCGGAGAGUGUGGAAGGAGAUUUAAACUGAAGCUUCUAGCCAAGCUCAUGUUGGAUAUGGAUAUUCAGUGUGAGGAGAGGACUGGCCAUGACCCCACUGAGGAUGCCUUGGCUGCAGUGAAGCUGGCUCAGUACUUUAUCAACACAGGACCACGACAGGUUGUUGAACUCCACAAGGUGCUCUGGGGGUUAGACAUCAGUUCCCCACCACCACAUGUAAAUGGCUCCUCCCACAAAACCCUAUCAGUAACCCGCCUAUUGGACACCAUGAAUUCCGGAACGUCCUCAACUCCCGCCUCCAACCUGACGUUCAGCCACGCCCUCUACAAAACCGGCCAACCAGCACUGCAGCUGGGCAGACUGGCGGGCAAUAACGGCCAACCGACCAAUAAGCUCUGGCGUACGCAGGGGUGUAGUUCGGACAAGAAGGUGGUGGAGGCCCUCAGGAGGCAGGUGGCUUCCCAUCCCCUCUGCCUGUUGGAGCUCAGUGCCUACUCCCAGCUCAUCACACACACACAGCCCUCCUACACACAACGCAACCUACACAAGAUGGUGAGUGGUCUAAGGGAGAUGUGUGUGGUGUACAUUGGCCCUCUGUGGGCUGACUGCAAUGAGAGAGACGUGAAGAAACUCUGCAGCAGCUGUGGAGCAGUGCGAUCAGUCAGACUGCUCACCUCCACACACCGGCUUUAUGCAUUAGUAGAGUUUGAGUUUUUGGAAGGGGCGGUCCUGGCGCUGGAGAGACUGGAUGGCGAACCAAUGUACGGCUUUACUCUUAAGGUGCAAAGACCUGUGGGAGAGUUGACCCUGGAUUUGGAACAGUACCUUGACGAUCUGCGCUCGGACCCUGUGAACGAGAGCGUGGUCUACGCGGCCAAUGUUGCCAAUGACGACCAGAUGGCCAACCUUCAACUGACCUUGGAGCCCCAUCUGGGUCGCGUAGAGGGCGUGACCAUUCGACCUCAGGCUACCAGGAAGAAGAAGAGGAGGAGGAGACAUGCGUUCAUCAAACUUGACACUGCAGUGACAGAACUCGCCCUGGAUCACUGGGCUCAGCUGAGUCCGGAGCAGGUCAGGCUGUGGCAGGCCCUCACCCCACCACACCUGUCUACCUGGGCCCCGGACGGAACCUCGGACGGAACCUGGGACGGAACCUCAGAUGGAACCAUGGAUGGCAGCAUGAACGGCCACAGCAACGAGGAAACGCCAAUUCCAGAGGGAUGCGGCGAAGUUAGAAAUGGAGAAAAGGAUGGAGGGGAAGUGAACGGUGGAGAAGAGGAAAGUGGAGGACAAGAAAGGGGUGAACGAGAGGAGAGUGGUGGUGGUGGUGGAAGAGAGGAGGGUGGACAAGAUGAAGAUGGCACAGUUGAGGAAGUGGAAGCAGAGGUGGACAGGAAGACGGCAGGUGUCAUGAGGAAACUGGAUGUGAGGGUGGGGAAGAUCCUCGAGGCCUUACCUGACAACACACUCAGUGUAGUCAUCCUACCUGGACAACACAGUGUUGGUGGUGUGUCGUAUCCAGGCCUCUGCUUCAUGGAGGUGAAACAGGAAGCAGCCUCCUCCUCAUCAGACUGAUGACACCUGAAGACCACACGAGCAGGAAAAAGGAAAAGAAGUCUGAUUUUUUUGAAGAUUUUUUUUGUCAAAAUCACAUGGGGGAAAAAAGUUGUUAUCGCCAACUAGAUCAGUGCUCCUCUACCUUUUUGUGUUCAAAGUGUGGCCCUCGGGAGGACUUUUAAGGCCCUCUGACAAAUAUAUGAAGUGGCCCCUGGAGUGAGAAAGGUUCCCCACCCCUGCACUAGAUUGCGAUGAUAACAUUGGGCAUUCCCCUCUCAGCGGCUGUAGCGACUGUGUUGAGAACACUAGUAGUCUGUAUGAUCUUCCAGAUCCAAAUGGUGUGGUGCUUUGGCAAGAACUAUGUGAUUACUAUGUAAUCUUACUAUGUACUCUUGUCAUGAGGGGCAAACAUAGCGGUAUAUGUACCUGCUGGCCAUGAAAUGAAUUGAUGUUUGCGUUGUUUGUCGUCAUACACAAAAAGGAACCUUUUUCUGAAAAUGACAUUUUCAUGUUUUUAAAUACAUUUUUAUUGAAGACAA